AUGACUGUUGGAGAAACCAACGAUUGUGGGAUAGAUAUUCCAGAGUCCAUCCAAGUAGCUUUGUCGAAAAAUCGAGAGAGAGAGUAUCUAUUGUUUUUGGAAAAAGAAUUGAUCAAAUUUAUUAGGCACCAAAUAAACAGUGGCAGUAGAGAUAUCCUGUUUACAAUUGAAGCAACGUACUUGAUAAAUAGCUAUUACAGACUACUAUCUCAUCAGCUAUGUCAAUACUAUCAUUUGCAACAUUGGAAUAAUAAAUCAAACGAAAUCAUAGCAAGUCCCAUUAAGAAGGUCGAUUACAAUAUGGUACUAAAGAGUUUCGAGAGUGGCAGAAAGCUCUCGGAUCAAAUACGAGGACGUGUGAAACCACGUAUGUUACGAAAGAAGGCUGCAGACUUGUCAGAUGAUCGUCAUGAUGCUAAUAAUACUUCUCGGACUCAUUCAAGCAGCACUAGUGGUCAAGGGUCGCUUCAAAUCUCUGAAACUAGUGCAAGUACAAGCCCAGUUGUUGAAAGUGAUCCCACUAUGGUCUCAACAAAGAUUGAGUCAGAGCGAGCUUCUAAGGAGGCAAUAUAUAUGAAAAUACGUGAGGAAGUUUUCAAGAUGACAAAUGAAAGUGAGCCAGAUGAAUCCAGCGACGAUCAAGGAAACUCGGUCGAAGAAGUUCAAUCUCAUAUGCCACUGAUUCAAAUGCUGGGCAUGCCGCACCCAAUGAUUCACAAUGUUUAUCCUUCAAUGUCACCAGUUGUCCCUCCUGGUAUGCAACCCUUCGGAAUGCCUCCAGCUUUUCCGCAAGUAACCCCUUCUUUGCAGCCGAUGUUAAAUACCCAAGCGCCAUUUUAUGGUCCACCUAUAUACCCAAUACCUACUUACAUGCCACCGUUACCUUACUACGAGUACCCUGCUCCUGUUUAUGACAAGGGGAUCGAAAGAAAGUUACUAAAUAAUCCAUUUAUCAUUUUACCAGAAGACCAGAAUUCCAAAUCGAAGCAUAGAAAAUACCAAAGGCAUCCAAAAGCACCGCAUACACAUUGA